AAAAAAUGGUAUUAUGGGGUUUGGUUAAUUAAUAUAGCUAAGGGGAUAUAAAACAGUUUAUGAACGGUUACCCAUGUAAAUCAUUGAUCUACUGCAGGGUUUCUUGACUAACCGGCGGACUGUUUACACAGUAUACCGCAGAGGUUGUUUCUAUAGAGAACUGAGGUAAUGCUUUAUGGUACCCAGGAGCCGCCUGCUUCGAUGAAAGCUACCGCGGGGUUUAGUUGGUACGCCAACGUGCAUAACAUGCUGGUAACCGCAACAUACCCGCCUUAGUACCUUGGACUAAUGCGGGAUCUUACAGUGAUUUCCACGCGAAAAAGAGGGUUUCUUGACUACGGACAAAUGAGAAGCAUAUAAAUAAUGGAAUUAUAGAAUUUUUGCAACAAAUAUAGAAAAAUCAUUAAAUAUUCAUUGAAGGUUAACUACCAAGAUUUAAUUCUAGUCACGAAAUGCGAACACUAUCUAGCGACGUAGCUUGCUCAGAUCAAAAUUUGUUGAAGACCUUCAUUGCCGAUGUAAUGUUGUACUUGUCGGCAAUUUUCAUCCCUGUGGGAAAAAGAUAUUUGAUCUUACUCUACCAGUAUAUUUAGUUACAAAUACGAUAUCUCGCGUGAUUUGCUCACGAAAUGUGAUAUUACACAAAAUAAAAUUUGAUUCAAUGAUCAAUGAAAUAUUCAUCUCAUUAAUUCACGUUUAUUCGUUAUGCAUAUAAGAUGUUAAUGGUUUUAUACUAUGUUUGAGUGAUCUGUAGGCAAAUAAGACGACAAAAUAUUGAUACUAACGGAACUCUCGGUGACUAAGUCCGAAUGUGUAAGUCGAUUUGAUGACAUAGCUACACAUAAUAUAACAUCUGUGCAAAGAGAAAUUAUUAUUACAAAUUAUUUACCAAAAUAGACAAUGUGCGGGCAUGAAAAGUUUACGACUUUAUAACAUUUAUAGAUAAAUAAUAAGAUAGAUCAUAUCAUUCUGUAGAUUUAAAAUACAAGUUGUCUAUCAACUGAAUGAAACUUACAAAUGCUCAACCUUAACAUUAAUCUACUAUGUAACAAGUACUUAAAUAUUUCUAUGCUAUUAGUAUGCGUAUUUCUUCACCUUAUACAUUAGACCUUGUCCGAGGUCUCACCUCCGCAUUGCCGGGCUUAUGAUAAAUCAGUCUCAGUAAUAAAAGUAACUUUAUAAUGGACACACACAGUAUGUAUAGGAGGGACGAUUUUAGCGAUUGUGACACGGAUAUCCGGUUAGAUGGAAAGGUAGCUCUCGUCACCGGCGCUACAGCGGGCACUGGCUUCGAAAUUGCUAAAAACUUAGCAAGACGUGGCGCGAAAGUCAUCAUUGCCAGUCGGAAUGCAACCAAACUAGCUGGGGCUAAGCAAGACAUCAUAAUGGAUUCUGGAAACCAGAAUGUCGUGGCGCGGCAGAUGGACUUGGCAUCGUUAACUUCAGUGAGGAACUUUGUUGGGGAAAUGCGGAGUGAACCUCGCUUGGACAUCCUGAUUAACAACAUAGGAGCUAUUGGACUCCAGGACAGGCUGACAGAAGACGGUCUGCAACUCAUGAUGCAAGUGAACUACUUCGGAUCGUUUUUGCUAACGUUUCUUCUGUUUCCGCUGAUGAGGAGAUCAGCACCGAGCAGAAUAGUCAACGUAUCAUCUCUAGCUUUGAUCUUAGGCCACAUAGACUUCGACAAAUGGAAUGAUGUAAACAAAUACUCCAAUUUUGGAUACUAUUGCAAUGCGAAGCUAGCUGACGUUCUCUUCUCAGUGGAAAUGAACAAACGCGCAGCAGAUAGUGGAGUGAGUGUGUACAGCAUGGACCCAGGAUUAGGCAAGUCAGAAUUCUUUAGAAACUUCGAGAACGAUAUUUUAAAGAAUAUUUUGAACUCCGCUUUGUUGCAUUUCGGUCGGCCCUUGCAUAGAGUGGCGACAAUGUCGGUGUAUUUAGCAGUAGACCCGAAAUUUGAAACGGAGAGUGGAAAGCACUUCAGAGAUUGCAAGGAAUUCUACAGCUCUUGGUUUGCAAACGACACUAUACUGACCAGAAGAGUUUGGGAGGAAUCUAAGAAACUGGUGAGGAUCACGAGAGAAGAAGAUUGGGAGAGAGCACAAAAUAAUUUUGGGAGUAGAACCCGCUUGUAUAGUAUUAUCUGAUCAGAAUUUAUAGUGUAAAUGUUUUCAUGCCUUUUAGUAUGUGGAUAAUCGUGAUAUAAUAGUACAAAUUACAUUUUUACUGGUUUGAAAUAUAUAUUUACUAGGCAAAACCCUCUCCCCAAUUUUUGUAGAUUCAGUUGUGCAGUGAAUAAUAUUUAGGGUCUGCAUGAUCUAUAGACCUAUAAAAUAAACAGGAUAGAUCAGGAACGGCACGUAAUAGAAAACUGAAAGCAUGGCAGUAUGUUAUUUUAAAGUGUAAUUAAGAAUAUGUACUAGUGUGGUUGUGCAACAACAGUGUAAAACUUCGCGCAGUAUUUAUGAGGUAAUAAGCAGCGAAUAUUAAUAUUUUACUAUAACUUUUAUUACGUGUGACCUCACACGUUUACGCGAAAAUGACAACUAUUAGUUGAUUAUUUCAAUAUAAUUUAUUUAUUUUUAUUUAUUUAUUUAUUUAUUUAAGGAAAACUUACAACUAGCAUAACAAAAAGUAGUAAAUAUAACAAAAAAGAUAAAGGUCAAUUAAAAGUUUUCACAAAUACAAUACAAUAAUAUAGAACAAUAAUAGGCAGAUAACCAGCCUAGAGACCUACAUAUUUUAAAUGUACAUUACGAUAUGUGAAAAAAUGCAUUGCACAAAGUUUUCUUUAAUUUAGUACAGUUGAAGUUAAAGAGAUCAAUAUCAACAUUAGAGGAAACAUCAUUGAAUGAUCUGCACGCUCUUAUUAGGUACGAGUUCUGCCGAUAUGCUGAUUUAGCAAAUGGAACAUACAAGAGGUUCGGUUUUCUAACCGUAGUACAAGGUGUGCGCAGUCCGAUUUUGCUUAAUAGUUCAGGGCUAUCAACCGUGCUAUUGAGAAUAUUGAGAAGAUAUGCUAGAUCGGCUAUUCGCCUACGCUCCUGCAAUGGAAGAAUAUGAAAUUUCUUACAUCGAGUAAAAUAGUCAUUAAAAUAAUUGCCUGAGCGGUAUUGCAAAUAUCGUAUAAAUUUUUUUUGUAUUUUUUCAAUUUGGUUAAUGUAAACAUCAUAUAUAGGGUUCCACACUUGCGAGGCAUAUUCAAGGUGGCUGCGGACGAAAGAACAAUAAAUUAUUUUGAGUGUCUUGAUGUCACUAAAUUCUGAGCACA